GGAGAAGGAAACUUCAACCCGUCGACGGUACAUUUCAAACUCGUACAAACCGCGUCGACUAUCUUCUAUUUUCCACUGGACUACUCCUCUGAUCUCACUUUUCUCUCUGUCAAGAUGCCUCACCCAAACGGCGACGCGAAGACCCCCUCCCUUCUCCACCAUUCCAAGGCCCUCGAGGUCCUCAAGGAGUUCGAAGAGCGCGAUGGUCUCGAUAUCAAGGCCUUGCUCGACUCAAAGAGACAUGGAGGUUUGACUUACAACGAUUUCCUUGUCCUUCCAGGUUAUAUUGGCUUUGCUGCUUCCGAUGUUGUCCUCGACUCGCCCGUCACGAAGCGCAUCGCCCUCAAGACCCCUUUCGUGUCCUCCCCUAUGGACACCGUUACCGAGCACGAAAUGGCUAUCCACAUUGCGUUGCAAGGAGGUCUGGGUGUUAUUCAUCACAAUUGUUCGGCGGAAGAACAAGCAGAGAUGGUUCAGAAGGUCAAGAGAUACGAGAACGGCUUCAUUCUCGACCCGGUUGUUCUCAGCCGCGAUACCACUGUUGGAGAAACGAAGGCACUGAAGGAGAAGUGGGGUUUCGGUGGCUUUCCAGUUACUGAGACUGGCAAGCUCGGAUCUAACCUCGUCGGCAUCGUUACAAAUCGAGAUAUCCAAUUCGAGGAUGACCUCAGCCUGCCGAUUUCUGCCGUCAUGGUCACCGACCUCAUCACUGCUGCAGCUGGAACAACUCUGCUCGAGGCCAAUGCCAUCCUCGCCAAGUCUAAGAAGGGAAAGCUCCCAAUUGUUGACUCGAAGGGCAACCUUGUCUCCAUGAUCUCACGAUCCGAUUUGACAAAGAACCUCCAUUUCCCAUUGGCUUCGAAGCUCCCAGAUUCCAAGCAACUGAUCUGUGCUGCUGCCAUCGGUACACGACCAGAGGACAAGAUUCGUCUGCAGAAGCUCGUUGAUGCUGGAUUGGACAUCGUCAUCUUGGAUAGCAGCCAAGGUAACAGUAUGUACCAAAUCGAGAUGGUCAAGUACAUCAAGGAUAAAUACCCUGGCUUGGACGUUAUUGGCGGAAACGUCGUUACCCGCGAACAAGCCGCAAAUUUGAUUGCUGCUGGUGUUGAUGGUCUUCGAAUCGGUAUGGGAAGCGGAAGUGCAUGCAUCACACAGGAAGUCAUGGCUGUUGGCCGACCCCAAGCUGCAGCGGUCUACAACGUCGCCUCCUUUGCGGCUAAGUUCGGUGUCCCCUGCAUGGCUGAUGGUGGCAUCCAAAAUGUUGGCCACAUCGUCAAGGGUCUUGCUCUCGGUGCUACUACCAUCAUGAUGGGCGGUCUUUUGGCUGGUACCACCGAGUCUCCGGGUACAUCCUUCGUCUCUCGCGAGGGAAAGCUUGUCAAAGCCUACCGCGGCAUGGGCAGCAUUGACGCUAUGCAGGAUAAGAAGGCCGGUGCAGGAGCCAAGGACAGCCAAAAGAGCAAUGCCGGAACAGCUCGCUACUUCUCAGAGGGUGACAGUGUUCUGGUUGCCCAGGGUGUGUCUGGUGCAGUUGCCCACAGAGGCUCUGUUACGAAGUUUGUCCCUUACUUGGCUGCUGGAUUGAAGCAUUCACUGCAAGAUUGUGGAUGUAAGAGUUUGACUGAGCUGCACGAGAGUGUUGCAAACGGUACCACUAGAUUCGAGUUGAGAACUGCUAGUGCACAACUCGAGGGUGGGGUCAACAUGGAGAGUUACGAGAAGAAGCUUUAUGCGUAGAUGUCCUUCGCAGGAGGAUUGGGCGGUUGCUUUCGCGACUAAAAAUGGGCAUGCCGGGUCAUUCUUGGAGUUGAUGGGACUUGCGGAUUGCUUUCUGGCAAGCUUGAUGAGUCUAUGGAUAGAUGCUCGCGAUGAAUUCAUGCGGUUG